UCGUAUGUGUGGACCUACCUGGUGAUAAACCUGUUUCUGAUUCUGAAGAUUUUACUUUGUUGAAAAUAUCAAUAAUUGUAGUUUCAUCAUCAAUCCAGUGGGAGGCAGUAAUGCAAUAUUUUGAAUGCACAAGAAGAAGAAAAGAAGAAGAAGAACGAGCAGAAGUCACAUGACUGUCUGUCAGCUGUUCGUGUUUACCUCUCUAUUCUCUGAUCAGAGGACAGGUGUGUGUCUUUAUCCACUUCAUGCUGUUUCCAAGGACUAUCAUCAGAAGGUAGGAUGUCCUCUCUCCCCCCUUAUGUGAUCUGGAGGUCUGAGGGUCUGGUGGCCUCCCUCUCGCCCCACCCCUGUACUCCGGGGUGUGUAACCCUGCAGCUGUGCCCCCCCGGCCCCCCAGGGAGGAGCGUCUUCCAGCUGGAGGAGCAUCGCUUCCUGCAGCUGCUGCUCGGGGCUCAGAGUGUCUCCCAGCUGCUCUGCCGUCGCCUCGGGGUGCUCAGGUGUGCUCUGGUGCACCGGCCUCACAGAGACACCCCCGCACAGAUCCGGAUCCUGCCUCUUCACGGGCUGGCCUCAGAGUGGCGCCCCCACCUGGCGGGAGAGGAGGAUUACAACGCUAUAGAUCCAGGAUACAUCUCCUCCAGAACGGCCCCCCGCUGGCCCUCCUCUCGCCUCUCUGAGAUCCAGACCCGGAUCAGAGCCCAGCUCCCAGAACCCAACGCCCCCCAGAACCUCUCCUUCCUGGGGGUCGACCCGGCGGACCCCGGCCUGUUUCCUCGCAUCAUUCGGGGGGAGGAGGAGGAACAAUGGAGGGUUUGGGAGGACCAGAGUCACGUGGCCUUCCUCACGCCCUUCCCAAACUCCCCCGGGUUCACGGUUCUGGUGCCGCGCCGACCUCUGACCUCCGAUAUCUUCAGGUUAGAGAAGCAGGACUACGAGGGGCUGGUUCUGGCAGCACUGAAGGUGGCGAGGCUCCUGGAGGCGGGGCUUGGAGCAUCGGGGGUGGGGCUUAUUUUCGAGGGUUUUGAAAUCGACUACGCUCACGCUAAGUUGAUACCGCUGUUAGCUUCGGAGGAGGAGGAAGAGGAUGCUAAGCUAAAAGCCCCUCCCCAGUUUUACCCCACCUAUCCUGGGUACGUUUCCUCAGAAGACGGACCUGAAGCCAGUGAGGAGGAUCUGAAGGAACUGCACAGGAAAAUCACUCAGAGUUAAUAUCUGUAGUUUAUUUCUACUGAACUACAUCUCCCAUGAGUCUCAGACACAGAUGUGCUCUCAAAGCAUCAUGGGAGAUGUAGUUGUUAAUACUUAAAUGUAUCCACCUAAGAAUUAAAAAUGUGAUUUUUUUAAUCUUUUAAUAAAAUGUUGAAACUGUUAUUUUAAAGAAAGAUUUUGUGGAAAAUGUUGUAAUUAUUGUGUUGCAUUAUUUCCAUACUGCUCAUUAUUAUUUUUAUUUUUUAUUUUUUGGACAAUAAAAGCAAGGAUUUCAAAAUCUUUCCGUUAUUCAGUGUUUUCUUCUUAGCGUGUCGAUCAAACCCCUAACAUGUUUUUUCAAAUUCAAAUACACUU